AUGGGGGCCCAGCCAGCGGAAGGCCGACUGUCACAUCUCCACCGGACAGAUGGCUCAGCAACAUUUGCACACAAUGAUCAUUGCAUCGUGGCCUCGGUCAACGGGCCCAUAGAGGCUCAGAGGCGGGAUGAAGACCCGUUCGAAGCGGUCAUUGAUGUGACGGUGCGACCAGCAGCGGGUGUUGGAGGUACACGAGAGCGUCAGCUCGAAAGCCUGUUGCAAGCGUCCCUGCAACAGCUAAUCUGCACCAAGAGGUUCCCACGCAGCGUAUUUCAGAUAACCCUUCAGGUGACCCAGACGCCUACGGACGACUAUGUCAACAGCAAGCUCAACCAAGCCCAGCAAAACCUUGUUGCUCUUCCGGCGCUGCUCCACGCCGCGCUGCUCGCCUUGGUAUCUGGUGCCGUACCUCUCGAGGGCGUGGCGACAGCCGUCGUCGUAGCGAUCCUGCAGGCGACUGGUGAGCCAAAGAUUGUCGGUGAGCCUUCUCGGCGCGAAGCAUCUGAAGCCAGGUCAUUACACGUCUUUGGAUUCACCGCCAAGGGAGAUCUGCUACUAGCGGAGAGCGAAGGUAACUUCACAGUGGGCGAGUGGGACGCAGCCGCCGCGCUUGGCCUGAAGCGAUGCUGCGGACAACUGCAGGGCACGACGGAGGGCAACGACGAAGGCGAGGAAGAUGCGCAGGAUAUGGUGCGAACCCUUCGGUCGAUAACAGAAGCCAAGGCUGCAUCAGAUGGACGUUGGAGGUGA